AGUCGACUCGAGUAGAUCUCACAGUCUUGACAGUUGUUAUUAUUGUUGCAAUUUUUGUCAUAAAGCGUGGCAGAAUGUCUCUUCACGUGCAACAAUAAACCUCCGUAUCAUGUAAAAUUCAAGUGUACACGAGUGUUACAUAAAUCCAGCGAACGAGUCUGUCACAAGGACGACAUAAUCAAAAAAACAUGCCGCGAUUCUUCGAACAAACAACAAUUUUCAAUUACUCGUGGGAGCAGGUGGCUCAAGGAUUCUGGAAACGCUAUCCCAACCCCAACAGCAAACAUGUGUUGACGGAAGACACCGUCCAAAGGGAAAUCAGGGCAGGAAGGCUGUUUUCGAAGCGCCUGUUGAGCAAAACGAAUUCGAUUCCGAAAUGGGCUGAGCGCUUUAUCACUGCCAAACAUGUCAAUAUCGUUGAGGAAUCGAUCGUCGAUCCAAAGAACAAAGUGCUCAUUACCUAUACAAGAAACCUUGGAUAUGCUAAAGUGAUGAGUGUCACUGAAAAGGUUGUGUAUAAAGAGAGUGAAGAACAUCCUGGCAAAACUGUAGCAUUAAGGACUGCCUGGAUUGAUUCACAAGUUAGGGGAUUCAGUAGAGCUAUUUGUGCUUUUGGCUAUGAGAGAUUUAAGAAGAACUGCAAUAAAAUGGCGGGUGGUUUCAAUUACGUCCUAUCGAACUUGUUUCCUGCCCAACACACAAUUCCAUCGACUUACGCCACAGUUACGGCGGCUACCAAGUUGAAAGACGCCGCCAAGAAUGCAUCAGAAUUGGCGAAGGCUAAGGCCGCACCUAUCUACGCUUCCCUUAAUCCAAACAAGUCCUAGUAGAGGAACGAGGGCGCGGAUGAUACUAAUACCUGAUAGUACUAUUGUUUGAUGCCCCGUCUCAGAGAUGCAAUGGUCUGAUAACAAAACCACCCUCAUGGUGGUAUCAAGUACAACUUUACAUAAAAUGUAACUGGGAUUAAAUGUUUUUGUAUAAUAUAGUUAAGGAGUUAUAGACAGUAGGAUAUACAGGGGUUUAAGUAACAUUCCUGAAACUCCUUCGUUACGAUAAAUUGUAGCAUUUCGUGUGCUAGAUCUAUAAGGAAAAUAUAAUUUAGAGUAACUAAUGUAACUAUUUAAUUUUACUUUCGAAUUAUUUUAGGUUCCAUAACAGAUUGUAAUGGGAUUUUUUCUUACUUUUCUACAAAUGCAAUAUUUUUUUUUGUAAAAACUAGUCAAUGACUUUACCGGUGGGAGAAUCAUUCAUAUGUGUAUAUAAUGUUAGGAUAGACAUAGUUUAAGUCUGGUGUAUCCAUUUAUUGUUAAUAAAAUUUUAAACAUUAAA